GUUACAUACUGUGUAAGUGACAAUGUGGUUGAGCCGAGGAUAACCUGCGGGCAGCUAAGAACGGGUGCGGGACGACCACUUACCAAGUACCGUACCCCUCGGCCAAAGACAACCUCUCAACUUCACCACAAUCAACCCUCCAGCUCUCUUUGGGAAGAGGACGGAACCUCGUGGCGGUCGCGCAAGCAACAAUUGAUCAUUACCAAAGAUGAACGUAGCAGCAGCCCGCGUCAGUGCCCUCCGCGGCCUUCGGCCGGUGGCUUCCCGCUUCCAGCCGAGCACUCUCCCGCAGAUUGCCCGCUCCUUCUCGGCGUCGGCCCGUCGCAGCUACGAGUAUAUCGAGGUCUCUGAGCCGCGCCCCGGCGUUGGGCAAGUGACCCUCAACCGUCCCAAGGCGCUCAACGCGCUCUGCUCCCCGCUCAUCGGCGAGCUCAACACGGCCCUGCGCGAGUUCCAGGCGUCGCCGACCGUGGCCGCCGUCGUGCUCACCGGGUCGGAGCGGGCCUUCGCCGCCGGCGCCGACAUCAAGGAGAUGGCCCCGCUGACCUUCAGCGAGGCGUACAGCAAGUCGUUCAUCGAGUCGUGGUCCGACCUGACGACGGCGCUCAAGAAGCCGCUCAUCGCCGCCGUCUCGGGCCACGCCCUCGGCGGCGGCUGCGAGCUCGCCCUCAUGGCCGACAUCCUCUACUGCACCGCAACGGCCAACUUCGGCCAGCCCGAGAUCAAGCUCGGCACCAUCCCCGGCGCCGGCGGCAGCCAGCGGCUGACCCGCGCCGUCGGCAAGAGCAAGGCCAUGGAGCUGAUCCUGACGGGCAAGUCCUUCACCGGCGAGGAGGCCGAGCGCUGGGGCGUCGCCGCCCGCGUCUUCCCUACCUACGAGGCCCUCCUGGAGGGUGCGCUCAAGACGGCCGAGACCAUCGCCGGCUACUCCAAGGUGGCCGUGCAGGCGGCCAAGGAAGUGGUCAACAAGAGCCAGGACCUGGCGCUGCGGGACGGUGUCGAGUAUGAGAGGAGGGUCUUCCACGCCCUGUUUGGCAGUCAGGACCAGAAGAUCGGGAUGAAGGCGUUUGCGGAGAAGAAGAAGCCCGAGUGGAGCCAUCAAUAGGUUUGACUCGAAUUGUACAAACAUAUACAAUAACUUUACAUAUCCUCAGUGCUAUCCAAAAUGAAAGACAACAAA